GCUAUUUCUGUUCUUAAUAAAGAAUGAUUCAUUAGAGACUGCGCUUGAAAAUGAAACUUAUUUUAAGACAGAACCGAAACCUGACAGACAGCUCAACUCUCCUCCAAAUCCAGGCUGGCUGAGUUUAAAUCAUCCCGUUCCCUCCCACACAACUGGUCGGACGGACUAUGGCUGAAGCCAAGCUAUCGGAGGAAAGCCUGCUUCAAGAAACGGGAGGAGCAGAAGCGGUCGUGAUUCCAGCCAACUUGGAAAAUACAAAGGUUCAACUUUCUCCACCUUCCCCCCCCGCAGAACUUCAAGCAAAGAAACGUGAAGCAGAUAAGUACCCGGGGACUGUGCCAAAAGCCUUAAAGGCGGAAUCCCCUUUUGCAAAGUUAAAAGAUAAAGAAAAACCCCUAAGUGAAUUGGGAAGGGCGAGCUGGGGAUGGGAAUGGCAGCGAAGCCCAGACAAGGCAGCACCUCCCCACCCCAGGAUGAGAGACGAGGCAGAGGACUAUCAACACCAGGGCUGGCCCUCCAGAGCUCAGCACAGAGAGGAGAGGGCAGAGAGGGAGGAGCCACCCCAGUUCAGAGGGAAGUUCGAUGGUGACCCAGACAACCUCGCCCAAUUCCUCGAUUCAGCUGAGAUAUACAUAGAGCGGUUCGGACACCUCUACCCUUUCCCCAGAGCCCUAGUGAAUGCUAUCAGGGAAGGGCUGGAGGGAGAAGCAAAGAGGUGGUCAGCAUCACUCUACAAAUACAGGGCCCCCCAGCUACAAAAUGCGGAUGGGUUCUUGCAACUUUUGAGAGCCCGUUAUGAGGAGGAGGAGGAGGACCCCUAUGUGGAAGACGAACUCAGAAACCUAAUGCAGAGGGGGAAGCCUAUCAGAGAGCAUAUCCGUGAAUUCAGGAGAGUCAUUGGGACACUGCCUCCCCUACCAGAGCGAUUGCUGGUGUAUUUUUUUAGAACAAGCCUAGAUAAAAGAAUUUCCCAAGUGACUGCCUAUCGUGACAUCCCAAACCGACUCGCUGAAUGGUUCCGGGUAGCGAUAAAAGUCGACAGAGGGCUGCGGGCGACUGACACGUCAAAACCACCAGAGGGAAAGGAGAGAGGCCGACCAGACCAGGGGCCACUCAACAGACGAGAAACCCCAACAUCACAGCCCUCCUACAGACCAACUGCCCCACGGAGCCCACUGAAAUGCUACAGAUGUGGGGGAAGCGGCCACAUAGCAGCAAGAUGUGGAACGCCUAGACCGGGACCAGCUCCACCGCCCAAAGCACGACCGGAACGAGGGCCCAACCGCGUCACCCACGUACCGCAGGAAACUCCCCAAAUCCCUGAGUUUUUCGCUCAUCUGACCGAAACCAGAGGAAUCCCAGAUGAGGGAGAUCAGUUCCCCGAACCCUAUGACACGGAAGACGAAGGCGAGGAUGACCCGAUGGUGAGUGGACCCGUCCACCCUUUUCUUUUCCCCAUACGCCUAACAGCCCCCAAAACAGGGGCCCAAGAGACUUUCCAAGCCCUAAUAGACUCGGGUAGCACACGGUGCCUAAUCAACCUACCCACAGUUCUAAAAUUGGGAAUCCGAGCUAAACAGCUCAAACAACCAAUUCGCUUCGAGCAAGUUGAUGGCUCCCUAGUGGGAGGAACAUAUGCCACACAUUUGACUGAACCCGUGAGACUAGAACUCGCAGAUCACUGGGAGACGAUCCGCUUCAUAAUAGCCCCCAAGAUGACAGAACCAGUCAUAUUGGGACUCUCAUGGCUCGACAAAUGGGGCCCAAUCAUUUGGUGGCAAGAGGGAACCCGCAGGCUGAGAAUAGCAAAGGGGCCCCAACCCCUGCCGCCCCGACCAGAAGAAUUCCCUCCCACGCUGAAACCCCAAAGCAGCCCUCCACUACAGAAGAAAACACCACCAACACAAGGCUCCCUCCCAGAAGGUGCAGCAAAACAAUUGGCAGCCGCACCCACCACCGCUUGUAACGCAAACCAGAUCCCAAGGGAGUACCAAGACCUUGCAGGGGUAUUCAGCGAGGCCGAGUGUGACAUCCUGCCCCCCCACCGCGAGACCGAUUGUGCCAUCGAGAUUAUCCCAGGAGCGAAACUACCCAAACCUAAAAUGUAUGCUAUGACGCCCCGAGAAAUGCAGGAAAUGCGGGACUACAUAGACAAAAACUUACAAAGGGGAUUUAUUGAGCCAGUGAAACCAAGGGUAGCGGCGCCGGUCAUGUUUAAAGAGAAAAAGGAUGGCUCCAUGAGACUGGUGGUCGAUUUUCGAAGUAUCAAUGCUGUUUGCGUACACAACUUGUACCCUCUCCCCCUCAUGAAAGACAUGUUAGCCCACCUAGCUAAAGGAAAGGUUUUCACCAAACUAGACCUUCGAGAAGCUUAUUACCGAGUACGCAUAAGGGCAGGAGAUGAAUGGAAAACAGCAUUCAACUGCCCCCUGGGCAGUUUCCAGUUUAAAGUAAUGCCUUUUGGAUUGCAAGGAGCCCCGGCAGUGUUCAUGCAGUUAAUAAACGAAGUCUUACAUGAACACCUUUACAAAGGGGUCCUCGUCUACCUGGACGAUAUUCUUAUCUACACGGAGACCAUAGACAAACAUAUACCCCUCGUCCGCCAAGUACUGGAAAAACUGCUACGGGCAAACCUAUAUGUCAAACUGCCAAAAUGCGAUUUCCACCAAUCACGGCUAGACUACCUGGGCUACCGAGUAUCAAAUGAGGGGAUAGAGAUGGACCCAGCCAAGGUCCAAUCAGUUCUACAAUGGCAGCCCCCUCGCACCCGCAGACAAUUGCAAAGUUUUCUAGGUUUUGCGAAUUUCUACAGACAAUUCAUCCCCUCGUUUGCGAAGAUUGCCAAACCUUUGACAGACCUCCUAAAGACAGGAAGCCCAGCGAUGAAACCUCGCCCGGGACAACCCCUACAGUGGGACCUGACCUGCCAACAGGCAUUUGAGACGCUAAAAGGACUGUUCGCGAAAGAACCUGUCUUAAAACACCCGGAUUCAGAACAGCCUUUUGUCAUCCAAGCAGACAAGCACCGAACUCCCCAAAGACCAUUUCAGCUGGGAGAGAAAGUUUACCUCUCCACCAAGUACUUGAGACUUAGACUCCCGAGCAGGAAAUUGGGCCCAAAAUUUAUAGGACCAUUUCCUAUAAUAAAAAUAAUCAACCCCGUUACGGUGCAAUUGCAGUUGCCACGGCUUUUGGGGAAAAUUCACCCCGUUUUUCACAGUAGCCUUCUAAAACCUGUAGUGGGGUCUACUUUAAGGCCAACACCACGUGAACCCCCUGGGCCCCUGGUUGUUGGGGGCCAAACGCAUUAUGAAGUGCAGCGGAUUCUCGAUUCAAGAUGGCACAGGGGGCGCCUUCAGUACUUAAUUAAAUGGAAGGGUUACCCAUUGUCAGAGGCUUCCUGGGUGAAGAGCGCAAACAUCCAAGCUGAUCGCCUUAUAGCAAAAUUCCAUGCAGACCACCCGGGAAAGCCGGGAGGGGGGGGUGCACAGCCAGGGAGGGGCUGA